AUGGUCCGGUCGGAUGUCUCGCAGUUGAGGCUAUCGGACAUUGACUUUCUGAACCCUACAAAGGGCAUCCAAUGCUAUAUCUACAAUUGUGUCUCUGGAUGCUCGAUCGAGCUCUCUGUCCCUGGAAAACUGCCACUUAUCAAAUCGGAACUGAAGCAGUUCACAGUCGACCACCUCGAGCUCGAGCGCAAGGACACGACUCCGCCCCAUUUCAAUGGGAUCUUCCGUUGUCGGGUUCUACUAGACGGCCGUGAAGUCUUCAACAAAUGGCUCGAGAUCAAUGCCAUCACCGGGACGCUGAGGCAGGGAACGAUGAAGACCCUGGUCGACCAGACGUCGCUGAUAAGCAACGAAAUCUGCGUGACGCAUUGUUUCUACGAUGCGCCUCACAAGGGCAACAUUGCUGGCCUCCCAUUCUGGGAUCAGUUCUAUGUCACGGUCAGUCCCAACAACUCGGCAUGGAUGUCCACGCUUGCACCAUUGGGAUCCGUAGCUGCAUCAAAGCCCUUUCGGCGUCUUGUCUUGCCUGCCGCACACGACGUCGGCAUGAACAGUUUGCUCACUUCAGAUAUAAUACUUCAGAGAGUCGGGGGAGCGUUCGCAAAGGUGGUCGACUCGAUCGCGCCCGCGUCCAAGGACCUGCAAAUAGCAGACAUUCUCAAAGGACCUUUGAUACCCAACGUGAUUCAGAGCUCUUCGAUCACGCAAAAGGACGAGCUAUCGUCGAUGCUAAUCAUCGGCGCGCGCUAUUUCGAAUUCAGACCAGCUUACCUCCACCAAGCGUUUCGUGGACUGCCACAGCUUCAGGAUAUGAAGGACAAAUUGUUCUUCAUGCAUGGGCCAAUUCCAGGGAUGGGGUAUGACGACUUCCUUGACGACUGCAUCGCCUUCCUCGUGCGCAACCCAGGGGAGAUCGUGGUGGUCCACGUCCGCUGGGAUGGCGUCCCUGCCGAGUGCGCCCGUCCUACGCCCGACGACCUCAACCGCCACCUGAGUGAAGCUCGGAAGGCAGCUCAGGGCGCUCUUGAAAUCGGCCACCUCCAAGAAAUGACCUCACACACAAUCGACGAUCUACGAAAAGAGCGGAAGCGACUGCUUGUGAUGCAGAACGUGGACAACUAUAACAUCUACUCCGACCAGGCUAAUGCCACACUGAAUGGAGACUCCAUUAUCGCGCAGUUCAAUAAUAUCGCCACUUUCAAACAGGAAGGCAAGGCGUUUACAACCAUCCAGUGUCAAGCCACCGCUACGAAUCUCGGGCUGGAGAUCUGGUUCUCGGCCAUCGCCGCGACGGCGUCGAAUUCGUGGUUGCUUGCUACAAAAGCCAUAUGUGACAGUAAGACGAUGCCUUGGGUUAGGGACAAGGCGCUCGGAAAGCUCCCGGGAGAUCAACUGCUGGUUCUGAUGGAUGACUUUGUCGACGGCGGCAUGUGUGAUGUGGCGAUGGAUUUGAGCAUGCAGCGGUUGAAGAAGCCUUGA